AUGUACGAAGUUGACUUCGAUCUUCAAAUAUCGAAUCUACGUGAAGAAGCAUAUCUCAGUGUUGAAAACGUUGGUCGUGUACAAGUGUCACGUAUUGUCAUCUUGGAUGGCGUUCGUCAAUUACUGAUCAAUAGGUCAAUGCGUAAUCGUCUACAUCUCGAUGUUGAUAUUGGUCAUAUGUCAUUGUGUAACAUUGGACCAGGCAAUUUAGAUUUCGUACCGAAUCCUAAUCUUUAUCAAUCAUUACAAGAUGUUGUUCUACGUCAAUAUCGAGGUGAUCAAUGGCAAGGCUACUACUAUGUCACUCCAAUAUUCGUACCAGAUCUUCCAUGGGAUAUUGUACUUGGAUCUAAUCAUUUUCAUCGACUUGGUGUAGAGUGGAAUAGUGAGAUAAAACAAAAUCUUGAAUGGUUUUAUUCAACAGCAGAUAGUCGAAAACAAAUAAUAUCUGAUACUAGAUAUACAACAAUAGGAUUUAUCCAUUUACAAUCAAAUCAAGAAUAUCAUGAUCUUAAUCAAGUUCAAUCUGAAAUGACAGAUUCUACAUACCAUCGUAAACCAGCUAAUUUAACCAAUAAUAAUGUAAAGGAAAGCGUUGGGCAGUUAAUAAUUCGUGAACAAUUAUCAUCAUCAUCAUUAUUUAUUAGUGAAAAUUGUCUUUGUUAUGGAUAUAAUGAUGAAUGGAAACGAUAUCAUCUUGCUUUUCAUGUUAAUCCAAAUCUUAUUUAA